AAAACAAACACACAAGUCAGUUGGAUUUAUGCUGCAGUGAUUUAAGUGUGUUUUAAGUUUAUUCAGCUCACAUUUGUUUUUUGAAAUGCCUCCCAAAAAAGCCUCUGCAGAGCCAACUGCUGUAAUCCCAAAGGAUUCUGAGAAUGAAGCUGCUGAAACAAAACCAGACGCUCCUGAAAGCUCGAGCAGUAAGGCCCCUGGACGGAAAGUUUCUCCACACCCAUCCACCAUGGAGAUGGUGAAAGAAGCUCUGAAAGAGCUGGACUCCAGAAAGGGUGUUUCGGCUCAGGCCAUUCGGGGUUACAUCAAGGAGAAAUAUGCAACUGUGGAUGAGACACGGCUGAAGUUUAUGGUGCGCCGAGCCCUGAACAAGGGCAUCGAGACUGGCGUGUUUGUGAGGCCUGCAAAUUCUGGGUCAACAACAACCGGUGCCCAAGGGCGCUUUCGGAUUGCAAAGACCAAAGCAAAGGAGGCCAAGACUCAGUCAAAGGAAAACGCUGAUCCCAAUGUACAGAAAGCACCCAAACCUAAGAAAACGAAGGCAACUAAAACCAAGGGUGACGGAGCAAGCAAAGAAAAGAAGCCUGCGAAGAAAAAGGAGGCCACAGACGAUGCUAAGCCUAAGACGCCUGAGAGAGAUGGCACUGCCUCAAAGGUGGCCCCUGCUAAGAAGCCAAAGGCGAAGAAUGCUGCAGGGGAGGGUGGAACUGAGCCCAAACCGAGCAAAGCUAAAAAAGCUUCUAAAGCAUCAAAAGAGGGAGUUGAGGAACCAGCAGCUAAGAAGACCGGAAAGAAAACUGCAGCAAAGGCAGAGGAGGGCGAAUCGGGAGAGAAAGGUGCUGCAGCCGCUACAAAAGCCCCGGGGAAACGAGGAAAGAAGUGAUGUAGGGACUUCAGCUGUUUUUAUGCACUGCGUUGUUUUUAUUUGUGCACUUGUAUACCAAAUAAAGAUUUUUAUCUCUUUUCAAGAAAA